AUGUCGCACACGCAUCGAGUCGUAAUUGACAACAGGGGCUAUCGAUUUACGCUGCCACGCCUGGGCUUCCCCGAUCCCGAGGGCGACUACGCCACAGUCGAGGUCGCUAUUUUCACGCAAGAUCAUGCUCUCCUUGAUCAGGCUCAUAGCUGCGCCGACCCUAAGCCUCGACUCCGCUACCCAGUAGGAGAGUACGACAUCAUUGAAGUCAAGCACGAGGGCGCUACCUGGUGCGUCCCUAUCCUGCAGCCUCGAGGGAACAGUGACCCGGACAUAUUUCGCGUCAAGGUCCGUCGCGUACCUACGGAGCCUCAAGCUGCUCACUCUCUCGCCAAGUCCUCGUACUCCUACACCAGCGCAUCUCUCACUGAUGCUGCCGCCUCAUUCGUCUCGCCCCAGUCGGGCUCAGCGGAAAGUUCAGCCCCGGAAGGACACUGGGGCCGCUGCGUAGACGUGAACAAGGACAUUCUUGAUCUAGGGGAGAACCCUAAAGGCAUCUUUACCAGGUCUUUCUGGGAGUCCACUACGCAGAAUGCGCCUUUUUCCGGACCAGUCGACAUCAUCAUUGCCUACAAACCCAUCAGAGAUGGGGAUGUUCGAGGCCUCAUGUACACGCUGCGCCCAAUCGACCAGAAGGGCCUCGAUCCGCAAGAAGGCGACGUGUGGAAGUCGUUACCGCUCGACGCUACAAAGCCUGGGGUGCAACUGCAGUAUGUGAAUGCUGGCAGAAAGCAUUUUGGAAAGGAGCCUUUCUCUGAGCAGGAGUGGAAUCGUAUCGCACCCGACGAGGUCAAGAAGGAGCCAGUGCUACCCGAGUCUUCCAAACCCGCCAGGUCUAACAGCGAAUCCGUAUCUGCUUCAGACGACUCGGAUCACUCGGACGACAGCUUUGGUUUGGACGAUCUCGAUGCAAUGGAGGAUUUCCUGACAGAGGAUCACCCCGAACUGUUCACAAAAGUCGAAGAGGGCACUCGCGAGUUGGACAUCAUGAAGGGUGACAUCUUCACGUCCGAAUUCAUGGCCACCGUGUCUCGUCAAGCCUACCUUCUGGCCACCCCACCCAAAGACGGUCCCUGCAUCACACUACGAAUUCAUCCGGCUGAGAACGAAGACUUCAGAUCCAUGGAUUAUGCCGUCAGCUGGAAUUCAAAGGAGGAGGCUCCAGACGAGAAGACCUGGCUACAGCUGCCUGCCUAUGCCACCAAGCCUGGCGUUCAGCGCUACAUGGUCAACAUGGUCAGAGAAGGGUCUGGCAAGGCACCUAUCUCACGCGAGGAGUGGGAGGGGUUCAGCUCCACCGCCAAUGUGCCUGCUCACCGCAAGAAGGCUUCUUCUUCCACGCCGAGCUCUUCGUCCAAGCAGACCCACUCGACGGCUUACUCAGCUCAGCGAGAGCCGUUCGUCUUGGGCGCGUCUUCGUCGUCCAGCAGCAGGAAUGUCACGGCUUCCGCACCUAGUCGUCCAGUUCAUCAUCGCCCCAUCCCAAUGCCUGGAGGCGGCGUGGGCGCGGUAUGCGAGUGCUGCGCCGACCUUAUUGCCGCCUCCAAGGGGCAGCAUCACCUCGAACCCGACCUGAACCUCAACAUCGCCUUCAAGAAUGGUCUCUCUUACGCCCGCUACGUAGACGUGCUUCCCAAAGGUGACCCCGUGCCUGCUCGAGCAAAGGAAGAGGAUCCCCGUCUGGCACGCCCAACCGAGUGGGCUGUCAACCUGAAGGAGCGUACGGUUUACCGCACUACGAGCAUACCAGCACAGCUGCGUCAGAUGUUCUGGCUGGCCUUAACCAAGACUGAAAUCGGCCACCCCUGCAAGGUUGAGGACGGGGAAAUCAAGGUCAACUUUGGCCUUCCUCUCGACCACCGUAUGCCUUGCCCAUCAGGGGUCAUGCUCAGCAACGGUCCAGCUCUCCUGAAAGUCACUCCCAUCCCAGCUGGCUACGCCUGCCAGCCGACCUCCGCAGGAGCAGAGGCGUCCUACUUCCUGAACCACUUCAAGCUGUGGAUCACACAGAACGACAACAUGUACAGCGCUUACGAGCCACUGGCGCAAGACGUGCAUUACAAUGCCGACUCGAUUCUCAGCCUUCUAGGGCAGUUCGCCUCCGCAGAGGGCUCGCAGGGCAAGAUGCUCUUCACUGCGGUACCUGAGGCCCUGCCCGGGGUUGAAGACGUGUACAACUUUGGCACACGUAUGCGUGACGGUGGAGCCCGCCUGCCGAUUCUGUCCAAGGGCAAGGAUCGUAAGCGUAUCAAGAUGCCGGGCUUGGCGAUUCAUCACUCAAUCUACGAUGGAAGGGGACUGAGCAGCGGAGAGGUUGAAGGGGAUCAGUUCAAGCCAAGGGAGGUGAAUCUGCGUUGCAAGGUGCCUGACGGGAGACAAGACUUGCUGUUGAGGGUACAAGAGGGGCAGAGAGGCAAGUUCACGCGCCUCGAGCUCGCGUUCAGGACUCAUGGCAGCUUUGAGCCAGUAGAUGAGAGCGGGUGGCGCCUCUUCUGGGAUCCGCUCGCCACUAGAGCAAUCGAGGAAUGGGCGGCCAUGUUCCUCAUCAACGCUACGAGGCUCUCGUUCGGGACUGACAAGCUGUUCAAGCCCGACUUCUGA